AUGGGCGCUUAUCUACAGGCUGCCUUGGAAAAGUGGUACAACAAAUUUGUGAGCAAUGGGUGCAGCACCAGCCAAUUGGAGCGCGGUAAUACCGUGGAAGCGUUGGAGUGGUGCGACCCUCAGGCUACGCAGAGGGCGGUGUACGGAUUGGGAUUGAGAACCGCCAGACCAGCAAGAAACUUCCAGACCUCUGCCAGAGCCAUGAACAAGGUGUUCGGUGAGCCUGCCACCGGUGUCUACUCGAACUUGCCUUUCAAGGUGAAGAACGUCAAGAUCCCAUUCGGCGUCAAGUGGUGGGGUGUCUUUGGCUUCUUCUUCUCCUUCCCAUUCAUCACUUCAUACGUUCACAUGAAGAGAGCCGGUAACCUUUAA